GCGGCGGCGGCGGCGGUGGCGGCGGCGUAGGGAUGGAGCCCCUGCGGGUCCUGGAGCUGUACAGCGGCAUUGGGGGUAUGCACCAGGCGCUGAGAGAAAGCUGUAUACCUGCACAAGUGGUGGCUGCCGUUGAUAUAAACACUGUCGCUAAUGAAGUAUACAAGUAUAAUUUUCCUGACACACAGUUACUGGCCAAGACAAUUGAAGGUAUUACACUAGAAGAGUUUGACAGAUUAUCUUUCAAUAUGAUUUUAAUGAGCCCUCCCUGUCAGCCAUUCACAAGAAUCGGCCUGCAAGGUGAUGUGACUGAUCCAAGGACAAAUAGCUUCUUGUAUAUUCUAGACAUUCUCCCAAGGUUACAAAAAUUACCAAAGUAUAUUCUUAUAGAAAAUGUUAAAGGUUUUGAAGUAUCUUCUACAAGAGACCUGUUAAUACAAACAAUAGGAAAUUGUGGCUUUCAGUACCAAGAAUUUCUGUUGUCUCCAACCUCUCUUGGCAUUCCAAAUUCAAGGCUACGGUAUUUCCUUAUUGCAAAGCUUCAGUCAGUGCCGUUCCCUUUUCAAGCCCCUGGUCAGGUACUGAUGGAGUUCCCCCAAACUGAAUCUGAACAUCCACAAAAACAUGCGAUAGAUGCAGAAAAGGAAACUGAAGAAAAGAAAAUUGAAGAAAAGAAAAUUGAGCCAAAUAUUUGCUUUGAUAGCAGCACACAAUGUUCUGGAAAAGAAGCCAUUCUUUUUAAGCUUGAAACUGCAGGAGAAAUUGACAGGAAACGUCAACAGGACAGUGAUCUCUCUGUGCGAAUGCUAAGAGAUUUUCUUGAAGAUGACGUUGACAUAAAUUCAUACUUUUUACCGCCAAAGUCAUUGCUGCGAUAUGCUCUUUUGUUAGACAUUGUUAAGCCCACAUCCAGAAGGUCCACAUGCUUUACGAAAGGUUAUGGACGCUACAUAGAAGGGACAGGAUCUGUGUUGCAGACUACAGAGGAUGUGCAGAUUGAGAAUAUCUACAAAUCCCUUACCAAUUUGUCACAAGAAGAAAAGAUAACAAGAUUGUUAAUGCUUCAACUUCGAUUUUUCACUCCUAAAGAAAUAGCAAAUCUCCUUGGAUUUCCUCCAGAGUUCGGAUUUCCUGAGAAGACAACAGUCAAACAGCGUUAUCGUCUACUUGGAAAUAGUCUCAAUGUGCAUGUAGUAGCUCAACUAAUCAAAAUCCUAUGUGAAUAAUUUUUAAGUAGCUCUGAAAGAUGGUGGCAGUAUUCCAUUAUAUCCAGAUAAUAACUCUGAAAUUCUUUUUUGAAUUAAUUUUGACAAAAUUCAACUAAAUUAUCUUAUUCUCUCGUUAAUAAGAAUUUGGAUUUAUCAGGAAAAUGCCGUUUUGUUUCCUUAAGUUUAUAUUACUGUGUUUUGUAAGGUGAAAAUUAUUGUUAUUCUUUAGGAGAAUAUCUUUUUAUAUGAAAUUGUUAAAUAUAUAUGUAAAAUAUUCCCUUUAUAAUAUUACGGUAUAGACAAAUUGGGGAACAUUAGAAUUUUAAUGUCUACAUGAAUAUUUUGUAAAGUGUCAUAACAAGUGUACUAUAUGAACUUGAGAAACUGUAUAUUGUGUAUGUUAAUUAAAGAAGUUG